GAGUUACAGAAAUGUGUUUUUAUUCCUUUUCCUUAUCGCUUUAUUCUGCAGCAUAGCACAGUGUCGCUCCAGGUCAGUGUUUUCUCCAUUCAUUUGUAUCACCUUGCUCUCAUCUGCUUUUAUUAGAGGUCAUAUAAAUAACUAAAGAAGCUGCAGUUGUAGUCAUGGUGCUGAAAUGACCCCAGCUCUUCCCCUCAGACACACUUACACUUCAUCUCCUGGUUCUGGAUCAGAUUUUCCUCUCGUGGAAAAGCAGCAAUCUUCCAGAUCAGACCUCGGAGGCAGAAACCUGCUGCAAUCAUGUCUAGAAGAUUUGGACUAAUAAAAUGAGAAAAGAGUGGACCCACUGACGUCCAGUAACAUUCUGAAUACUGCAUACAGUUUGUUAUCAUGAUAAUAAUACUUCAUUUAUCAGUAGUACUUGUGAUUUAAACAUGGACUCACUCACUAACAAGCCGAGAAUAUUCUUUCUUUUUAGAGACUUUUCCAACAAGAAACUGAGAAAUGACCCGUUAACAUUUUCCCCCUAAAACAGACAAACUUGGUGAGAUUUUGACCAGUUUCACAAAUUAUGCCUGAAGUAGUUUAAUGAAUUUUACUCUUAUUUGACACAGCUGAUUGAGUGUUGUUGCUGAUAGAGCUCAGAUAGCUCAGAUGCUGAAAAAAGGUUCGCAUGGAAGCGUUAAAGUGGUUACGCUGAGGAGAAUGAAUAAAUAAAUGAUGAAUAACAUCUAUAGGUCAUUUAAAUGUGAACCGGCUCUGUGGUCAGCUAUGAGAUGAUUCGGCCAUGAACGACUCUUAACUAAUGUAGACAUGAUUGCUUCACUGAAAUGAAACACAUUUCUUACACCGUGUAUGUGUGUGUGUAGUGAUGUGUGUGUGUGUGUUUUAGUGAGAGGAGGUGAACUGAUUCUGGAGUGACCGCUCUCACCUCAGGCCUCCCAGUCCCUCUGGACCUGCUAUUGAUUGUGCUCACAGUCAGAAAAAGAAAGUUUUAUGCUUUCUCAGCUGGCGUCAUUUGGAUUGUAAAUGAGUGUUGUGUAGGUGAUGGGGCACAUGUGGGGUAAUUAGGGCUCAUUAGGGGGUUGUAAAUAGGAAUAGGCCACAUUAAGCUGUUCACUGAAGGACCUCAUUAUGCAGGAGCAUUUAAAACCUCCACAGGGGUGUAAAUGGGCACCUAAGAGCCACAAAAACCUGACCAGGCUGGGGGACGAACUCUGAUUAUACUGGACACUGACAUUCUUUUGUCAUUGUGCUGGAUUUUUCUUUAGGUUUUAAACCCUUUCAGCUGGGACUAAGCUCACUUGCUGCUAACUUGUUGUUAUGGUGAAUUUAAGGCCAGGUUUGGUUUAUUAGCCUCUUUCUUUCUUUGUUUUUUCGUGAGCUUACAACAACAGUGGCUUUUAAAGCACAUAUUAGCGACUUCCCUGCUCCUGACAGAGCUUUAGCUAACGGCUACAGGGUUUGGAGUCGAUUCCGAAGAGAUUCGAGUCAGUAAUUCCAGGAUUAAUGAGCCGUGAGUGAGUCGACUCUGAAGCUUUGGUUGAUUUACUUUGUACAAAGACACACACAGAAACCUUGUAAAAUAAUCAGCAGUCAUCAACGACAAGCAUAAUUACUGACUUCAGCGAUCAUUUAUGAUUUACAUAUAACUCCUGUUCGGCGGACACGGUUAAUAUACAGUUAUUCAGAUUAGUUAGCUUUGUUGUCGCUGUUUUACUGUAAACAUUUUGUUUUACAAACAAAGAAAAAUCGUGUGGAAUCGAUUUGAAUCAUUUCCCGAACACCUGAAGAGUCGACUCCAAUCAAGUCAGGAUUCAUCCAGUCUGACUGAAACGUGUACGAGCCGGCGUUCGAGAGAACGACCAAUCAGAGAGCGCGCUCGCGACCCUGCCUUUUAUUCGUCUUCUUAUUUGAUUGCCUUUUUAAACAGACAACAUUUACCAAAUCGUUUGUAUAUAGUGACUCAAACGCUAUAUUUUGACCAUUAAUUGUUUUCUUCUUUUUCCUCAGAAAAUCUGCCUCCUUCCAGUAACACGUUUUGAUACGCAAAUUACCCCGAUCACGUAUUAAUAUGCAAAUGAGCUCGUGACGUCGCUUAGAGAUUUGUACCGAUGUUUUGUCCACCGAAGAGGUUGAAGAAGAAGAAGAAGAAGAAGAAGAAGAAGAGUGAGAGAGCGCGUGGAUCAUUUUCCCGGACUCUUGUAAAAUAUAGGUCUAUAAAUUCAGGAGACCUUUCGCCAUGACCCCUGUGAUUAUCCUCGCCCUCAGCAGCUUUUUCGCGGGAGUCAGGAGCCGGUCAUUAUUCGGACGGACGCCGGAGUCUCCUGAGACGGGACAAUGCGGUCAGCUCACCGCGCCGUGGACCGACACUGAGGUCACCUCACUGUCCGGAGACUGGACCCUCAUGUACCGCCUGAAAGUGUUACCUCUGUCUAAGGAUGGACCUCAUCGCCUGGUCUUCCCCGAGCAGCCGCUCUUCCGCUUCAUCAGGCGCGUGUACAGGUGCUGUCAGAUGGGUCACCGCUGUGGAGGGGUCAAAGGGCUCCAGGGCCGGGACACUGCAGGCUCCACAGUCCAGUUUGUGCUGAGCGAGGACGUGUGGUCAGCACCAAUACUGAGAGCUGAGGUUCAUCUUCAAAUCUCCAAUCCACACCGGCUGAAUGUUCAGCCGCUGCUUCCCUGGCUCCACAAACGCCGCCUUCCUACGAGGUACAGUGUGUGGUGGAAGGAUGGCAUGCUGGAGGUCAGGGUGGAUCUGCUCUUCCUCUUUCAGGCUCUCCAGGCUCUCAGAGGGAAUGGUGGAGGCUCCAGUGUGAUGGAGAUCCAGUGGGUCAGAGGUCUGCACACAUCCCAGGCUUCGGAGGCGCGGGGCGGAGACGGGAAGGCGGAGCACCCCCUGCAGGGUCCGGUAGACCUGGGCCUGGCCUUACACUGCCGCACAAAGGAGCUGGACACACCACUGCCGUGCGAGAGCCACGGGGUACGACUGCUUCACACACCCUUCAUCACGCUCUCGUAUGGAUAACACACACACACACACACUGCUCUUGAUGAGUUUGUUAAAAGUGCGCUCUAGCAGAACUCUGUAAAUAUUCCGAACACGCACUUCAGCCAGCUGUUUGAAUUUAUUUAUUUUAUAUGGGUGUUUUGUGGGAAACCUCUCCGUGUAUAAAGUGUAAAUAAACACAGAGUUAUAUAUUCAACUCUUUAUUUCU